AUGGCCUCGUUUCGCAGCUUGCGAACGAACUACACCUCACUCUUGAAAGGCUUCACUGCAUCAAAUCGGGAAUUUGAAGUCCUUACAACCAUCCCCGCUAAUGGCCCCGCACCAAAAGUCCUAUAUGUGCUCGACUCGUCAUUCAACCCACCAACCCGUGCACAUCUUCGCAUCGCCAGCUCUGCACUUCUAGAACGACUCGACCCACACUCCCGCCUACUACUAUUACUUGCUACGCAAAAUGCGGAUAAACCUUCAAAACCAGCCUUGUUCGAGGAUCGGCUCGCCAUGAUGGAGUUAUUUGCUCAUGAUCUACGAUCCCACCUGGCUACCAGCACAGCAGCUCAAGGACACACUCCGUCUCUUGAGCGUAUCCCCGCCAUUGACAUUGGAGUCACCAAAAAGCCAUACUUUAUUGACAAGGCUUCAGCGAUUGAGGCCUCGGGGAUUUACCCUGCUCCGCUUGAACAGGUCCAUCUCACUGGCUAUGAUACAUUGAUCCGUAUCUUUAACCCGAAAUAUUACCCGCCGGAACAUACAUUGGCGCCGCUGGCGCCACUUUUCUCACAACAUCGGUUGCGGGUUACAUUGAGGCCCAGUGAUGAGUGGGGAAGUGUAGAGGAUCAGAGGGCCUUUUUGACUGCUCUCGCCCGUGGGGAUCGGGAAAACGAGGGUGGGCGGAAAGAAUGGGCGCAAAGAAUUCAGCUGGUUGAAGGGAGGAAGCCAGGGCAACAGUCGGUUAGCUCUACGAAAGCACGUGAGGCGAUUCAGUCUGAAAUUCAAGACUUGGAGUGGCUGGUUCCGGAUAAUGUGCUUCAAUUCUUGUCAUCUGAGAAGCCAUAUUCUACAGAGAACUCUACAUAG